GCGACGGUUUGAUACGGUGCCCUCUACAAAAGAGCAAAGUGGUCCACAAUUCUCACAAAUCACAAUCAAUUUUCAAAUAACUUAAGGCCUUUUCCUCUCUAUUGAAUUACCAGCAAUUGAUUCUCUCUUUAGGGUUCUAAAAUUCAAGUAAAGUAUAUUAGGGCUUUUCUCUCUCUAGUGAAUUAUAUAUUAGCAGCAGAGAUAACAAUGGAGUUAACAAAGGAAUCAGAGAGUUUACUCAACAAAAUCCGACCACCGCGUCUCGAAGAUGCAGGCCUGGAAGAUUGUGCACUACCGCCCGAAUCAAUCAAAGAAGCGUUUCUCAAAGCCGCCACUGCCGUACGAUCCAUCAUUUCGCAAUCGGACGACGAAGACGAAUCCGAAGGCCACUGUGUCAAAACUCCAUCGCCAGUUGAUGAUUCUACUAAGGAUGCACUUGUAGGAAUUACGGAGGGUAUUUCCGACAUUCCAGGAAAAUGCACUACAGAGAAAGGCGGCGGCGGUGGUGAAGUUCCGGAAGGGACGGCUGAUGACGUGCCAGUUGUAGGUGGUGCUGAGGUUCCGGAAGACGGUGGUGAUUUGGUGGAUGGAAUAUCUCUUCCGGAAGGGGGUCAAUCGUGUGUGGAUGGGUUGCAGGGUUUGGAGAUUGGGGGUAAAGAGGGGAAAAUUGAGAAAAAGGAAGUGAAGGAGGAAGAUGAAGAUGGAGAAGAAAAUGAGAAGCCAACUCUAGUUGAAGGUUAUGUUGUAUAAGCAUAAGGGAUAAUUCUCUAACUUUUUGUUGCAUAUCCUGUAAAUUUCUUGAAUAAUAUAGUACUAGUAUUAGAUAUGUACUAAAAGAUUGUCUAUUUGAAGUUAAACUUAUGGAUUUAUGUAUAAUCAUCUGCCUUUUUAUUUAUAUCUGAAGCUAAAAACUUUAACUUUCUGCAAUCAGAAGAGUGAGAUUGCAACC